AUGCAACCAACUAGAUUACCUUUAUCACCAAUUGAUUCAAAUUAGAAUACUUAUAGAUCUCAAACUUCAAAAACUUAAGAUAUAAAUUAUUAGAUUUAAUUCUAAAUAACAAAAUAGAAACUUUCAACUGUUCCUGAUUCUCGAUAAGAUAAUAAUGCUGUUUACAUGAGUCCUAGAAAUACUAAGCUAAAAACAUAAACUAUUCUCUCUCCUAAUUGUAGAUCCCCAUUAACAACUAGGAAAGAAAUAAAACCAAUUUAGUCUCCUUAUAAUUUAUCUAUUCAUUCAGCCUAAUCUCCUAUCAAAAUUGUAAAUAAUACUGCUCAAAAUAUUAAACAAGAACUUGAUUAUUUUAAAUUAAAAAAUAGCAAUCUUUAGAAAUAAAUCCUCAAUUUGACAUCUGAAAUAUAACGUGGCUAAUCUAAUGCUCUUAUUAAAGAAUUACAAUAAAAAAUAUAAUUAUUAACAUAAAUGAAUGAGAAACUAACAUUAGAAAAUAAAUAAUUGUAAUAAAAAGGAGAUGUUAACUAACUUAAGAAAAAUGUUGAAUAAUAAUUAUAAUUAAUUGAUGAUAAUGAAAAAAAAUUAAAGGAAAUUUAAGAAAAUUAAGAAAAAUAUGAAACAUCUAAGCUUGAUCUUGUAAAGAACUCUACAACUGACUACAUUACUUAAUUGAUACUUGAUCUAGAGGAAAGAGUCCAUAUUUUAAUAGUUGAAAAUGCUAACUUAAACAAAGUUUUCAAUUAAAGAAUUAAAUUAAAUGAAAGAUUUAAUACAUUAGAGCUAUAAUUGAAAUAAGCUUAGGUUUAAUUUUAAAAGGUUAAGGUUGAAGAAAAAUUACUAAAAACGAAAUAUAAUUAAAUAAAGAAGAAAUGA